GUUUCUUAACAAAAAAGGGUAGUUAAAUUGAAUUUUCGCCGAUAGAAAAGUAAUUAAUCGCUUUUUUAUAAAUCAUGGGUUCAAGUACCAAAAAACAUAAGAAAGAUAAGGAUGUUUCAAGAAAGAGGAGGCACCAUUCUCGUUCGAGGUCUAGAUCUCGUUCUUUAGAACCUCCAGAAAAAUAUAAGCGUGAACAUAAGAAACAUCGUCAUGAUAAAAAACGCGAAAAACAUGAUAGAAGGCACUUGGAUUAUGAAAGUGCAGAUUCAGAUUGUGUAGAAGUACCACCAGCACCACAAAUUUCAGCACAUUCACCGCCAACACCACCUUCACCUCCAAGAUGUAGAAGUUUUAAUGAUAAAUCAGAAGAUGAAGAGGGUAAUGUUGGUCAUAAGGAAUCGCUAUCAAUCGAGGAAACCAAUAAAUUGCGUGCAAAGCUUGGACUAAAGCCAUUGGAAGUUUCUUCUAACACAGCACCAUCUAAUGAUGGCAAAAUAGUAGAUGACCUAGGAGAAUUUUACCAUGCUCCUGCAAAGAAUUUGUCUAAGACAAAUACAGAGAAGAAAUUAAGAGACAAAUUAGAAAUACGUAAAGAGAAAAGGGCAUUAGAAAAGAGAUUGGCAUCUGUAAAAACAUUAGGUGAAAGUGAUGAAGAUGAUGAUGCUGCUGCUUGGGUUAAUAAAAACAGAGAAAUACAGAAACAAAAGGAAGAAGCUAGUAAACGGGCCAAGUUAUUGGAAGAAAUGGAUGCUGUCUUUGGAGUUGGAGAAUUGGUAGCUGAAGAUCUACAAUCUGAUAAAAAGCGAGUAUAUAAUGCAAAGCACUUGAAGGGACUUCGCGUAGAACAUGAUGCAGAAAUGUUUAAAGAGGGUAAAGAUAUCAUACUUACCCUUAAAGACCAGGACAUAUUGGAAGAUCAAGGAGAUGCUCUUGUGAACGUUAACAUCCUUGAUGAUGAAAGAUAUAUAAAGAGCAAUGAGAAUAAAAAGCAGAAGCCCAACCAAUAUGGGUAUGAUGCUUAUGAUGAUACAAUUGAUCCUGAGAAUCGAACAUUGCUUGCUAAAUAUGAUGAAGUAAUAGAUUCUGAUAAAAAUAUUGCUAAAAAUACAUUUACAAUUGGUGAAAAAAUUGAAAAACGAAAUACUAUAGAUUCUGUUAAAGCAAAACUAAAUAACAAAAGAUUAGAAAGUUUGAAUUUGCCAGAACUUAAGUUGGCUUCAGAAUAUUUUACUCCAGAGGAAAUUGCAUUCAAAAAACCAAAGAAGAAAGUUAGGAAGAUUAGGCAAAAACCUAAAAUGUUGAAAGCCGAUGAUUUGCUUGCCAUGGAUAAUUCAAAUAAUUCAUGGUUGAAAGAUUUGGGGCAUAGGAGGCCUAAGCCAGAACAAGAUGUUCUCAUUACUGAUGAUACAGAUGUUCCUACAGACAUAAAAGACAUAAAAUUUGAACCAGAAGUUGACAAUGAGCUUGAGUUAGCUCUGAGCAAAGCAAGAAAAUUGAAACAACAAGAAGGCCCUCGAAUUGCACCCUUAGAUGUUAAAAUUGAAAUAAAAGAAGAAGCUCCUCUGGAUGGGGCCAUUGUUCUGAAUUCUACAGCAGAAUUCUGCAGAUCACUUGGAGAAAUUCCUACGUAUGGUCUUGCUGGAAAUAGAGAUGAAGAACCAAAUGAUUUGAUGGAAUAUGAACCAAGUGCAUCUCCCCCGCAUGUCGAAACAAAUACAAAAGAAGGCUCUUGGUCGAAAGUCACUGACAAACCAGAAGUAGCACCACCAGCUCCUAUUAUUACAGCUCCCAUUUUGGAAGAUGAACCAAAUAUUGGAUGGGGAGUUAGCGGCGCCCUCAAAUUAGCUAUGAGCAAAGGUUAUUUAGAAAAAGAAGAUCAAAACAGGCCAAGUAGCUCCAGAUUUGCUCACCUUCAAGCUAAGAAUUAUUCUAUUGAAGAUAAAAGUUUUGGGGAUGACGAGAAAUUUGGAGGCCGCAGAGAAAGAUAUGCUGGACCUACCACAGAUUUUAAAGAAAAAGAUGGGUUUAAACCAAAUGUGAAAUUGGACUAUAUAGAUGAUGAUGGGCAUGUACUGUCUGCAAAAGAAGCUUUUAGAUACUUAUCACAUAAAUUCCAUGGAAAAGGACCAGGAAAAAAUAAAGUAGAAAAGAGAAUUAAGAAAAAUGAACAAGAAGGCUUAAUGAAGAAAAUGAGCUCUACAGACACACCUUUAGGUACUUUAGGAAUGCUUCAAGCUAAGCAAAAAGAAACACAUUCUGCUUAUGUGGUUUUGAGUGGAAAUAAACAUAUGCAAGGAACAACAAUAAUAAGCAAGAAUAAAAGAUAAUGUGUUAAUGAAUUAUCUUACAUCCGAUAUUCAA